UACACUUCUGAUAAAACAAAGAAGCAUGUUUACUUCAUCAUCCCGUGUCGCUGUAUUUACAUUUCCUUUUGGAACACAUGCUGCUCCGCUGCUCCAUCUUGUACGUGGACUUGCUGCCUUGGCACCGCAUGUGAAGUUUUCAUUCUUUGGCACCUCUGAAUCCAACAACUCAAUCUUUUCGGGUUCGAAACCAUUUGAGUUUGAUAAUAUUAAGCCUUACAACGUCUGGGAUGGCAUCCCUGACGGCCAUGUUUUAACUGGAAAUAAGCAUUUGGAAGCCAUGAGGCUUUUCAUUAAGGCAACACCUGAUAAUUUUGUCAAGGCUGUGAAGGAGGCAGAGGAGGAUGUUGGUAUCAAAAUUAGCUGCUUAUUGACUGAUGCUUUCCUUUGGUUUGCCUGUGAUCUAGCAGAGCAAAUUGGUGUGCCUUGGGUACCAUUUUGGACUGCUGCAUCUUGCUCUUUAUCUGCUCAUUUGUACACGGAUGAGAUUAGACACCUACUUGCUGCAACUGAGGAAAGAGACCAGACUCUUGAGUUGAUCCCCGGAUUGCAAGGAAUAAAGAUCAAUGACUUGCCCAACGAAGUUCUCAUGGAUAAUCAAGAAUCACCAUUGGCUCAUAUGGUCUACAACAUGGCAUUGAAUCUUCAGCGAGCAACUGCUGUUGUGAUCAACUCCUUCGAAGAGAUAGAUCCAGCCAUCACAACUGAUCGCAAGUCCAAGUUCAAAAAAUUCCUCAACGUUGGCUCUUCACCCUUAAUUUCAACCUCAAAAAAAUCGACUUCAACUGAUGAGAAUGAUGAAUGCCUAUCGUGGUUGGACAAGCAAGACUCUGCAUCAGUCGUGUACAUUAGCUUUGGCACGGUAAUGAGUCCGCCCCUUGAUGAAAUGGUAGCUUUAGCUGAGGCUCUGGAAGCUAUUAAGGUUUCAUUUCUGUGGUCAUUGAGGGACCAUGCUAGGAAGCUUUUGCCAGAUGGAUUUAUCGAUCGAGCAAGCAAGAGUCAUGGUAAAUUUGUUGCAUGGGCUCCUCAGGUGCUAGUCUUGGCACAUUCUGCAAUUGGAGUAUUUGUAACACAUUGUGGCUGGAAUUCUAUUCUGGAGAGUAUUUCACAUGGGGUGCCUAUGAUAUGUAGGCCAUAUUUUGGCGAUCAAAAAUUGAACAGUUGGAAGGUACAAGAUGGAUGGAGAAUUGGUUUGAAAAUUGAAGGAGGCGUAUUUACCAAGAAUGGAACAAUCAGUGCCAUACAACAUAUUUUGUCCAGUGACAAGGGUAAAACAAUCAGAGAGAAUGUUCAAGAGCUUAGAGCAAAAGCCUCGGAUCCUGUUAAACCAAAUGGUAGUUCGACAAGAAAUUUUGAAGAAUUAUUUGAGGUAGUAACAAAGUCUUGAGUGCAAUGUGUUGCAAGCACGCCUACUCCAUGUAGCCCAUUUACAGUAAGUAUGCUCACUUAUUCAUUCAAGAAUUGCGAGCUUAUUUUAUGGUUUUUUGUUUAGGUGUAGGAAAAUUUAUUCUCCAGUAAUUUUCAUUUUUAUUAAAGCCUCUCCUUCUACCAUAUA